GCGGGCACGAAUCCAGUUUCAGCAGUGCGCGUUCCCGACACGCACGGAGCGCAGUCUCUCUCUCUCUCUCUCUCUCUCUCCCUCUCUCUCUCUCCCCGCCGCUGCGAGCCAGCCACGGAAACGCUCUCCAGCACGGACAGAGCGAUGCCGCACCUGAUCGCGGGCUUUCCUGCCACAAACCUCUACCUCAGGUGAUCCGCCGUGCCCUCUCUGAUCGCGAGCGAGUUUCCGGGCUGCGCGGCUCCGCAGUGCGAUGCUGACAACAUGCGUCCUGGCCGAGGAGCUGAGCGCCGUGCGGCAUAGAGGAGGCGGCGGAGAGCGGCGGCGCGCACAGGCACAGUAGGCUGCUGCAGCGGGGCAGUAUCAUGGAGGCUGGAUGCCUGGUUGCCGCGGUGAUUGAGAAUGCUGCCUCAGGACCCCAGGGAGAACCAGGAAGUAGUGACGUCCUUGAGGGUGAUUUGCUACCAUCUACUGACCUCGGCAAGGACGAUGCCUUACUUCCAGAUACCAACAUUAAUCCUCCAGAGGAGAAGCAGCCACAGGAGACAUCCACUGCCCUGAUGAGGAGCGAUGACAUCACAGAACACCCAGCCGAGCCCCUCCUGCGCUCCUGCGUCAGCACAGCGAGUAUGAAGGUCAAGAACAUGAAGAAGCUAACGUUCCCCAGGGGUCACUUCCCCAGAUUGGCAGAGUGUGCCCAUUUCCACUAUGAGACAGUUGAUUUUGGCAACGUUCAGUUGGCCUUGGCAGAGGGGCAGAACGAAGGACCGAAGCCUGGCCUGGACUGUAAAGAACUUGUCUUUCUGGUCCAGAUCACUUGCCAGGGUCGAAACUGGCUGGUGAAUAGAUCCUAUGAGGACUUCAGGGUGCUAGACAAACACUUGCACCUGUGUAUCUAUGACCGCCGUUACUCCCAUCUCACCGAACUGCCACGAUACGAUACUUUAAAGGAUACUGUUGAGUCAGUCACAACCAUGCUGACUAACUACCUGUCCCGCUUCUCUGCCAUUGCGGACAACAAAAUCAACUGUGGUCCUGUGUUAACCUGGAUGGAGAUUGAUAACAAGGGGAACCAUCUGCUGGUUUCCGAAGAAGCUUCGAUCAAUGUCCCUGCAAUCGCUGCCGCCCACGUCACCAAGCGGUACACUGCUCAGGCCACGGAUGAGUUGACCUUUGAGGUGGGGGAUAUUGUGUCCGUCAUCGAUAUGCCUCCUAAAGAAGAUACGGGCUGGUGGAGAGGGAAGCAUGGCUUUCAGGUUGGGUUCUUCCCCUGUGACUGUGUGGAGCUGAUAAACGAAAAGAUCCCUCCCAGUGUUCAAAACUCAGUGCCAAAGCCAGUGUGUAAGAAGCACGGAAAGCUCGUAACCUUCCUGAGGUCAUUUAUGAAGUCUCGGCCACCGCCUCAGAAGCUGCGGCAGCGCGGUAUACUCAAAGAGCGAGUGUUUGGCUGCGACCUGGGGGAGCAUCUCCACAACUCAGGACACGACAUCCCACAGGUUGUCAAAAGUUGUGCCGAGUUUAUUGAGAAAAACGGGGUCGUGGAUGGCAUCUACAGACUCUCAGGGAUCUCCUCCAACAUCCAAAAGCUGAGGCACGAGUUUGACUCCGAGCAGAUCCCAGACCUGAGCAGAGAUCUUUUCAGACAGGACAUCCACUCGGUGGGCUCCCUGUGCAAGCUUUACUUCAGAGAGCUGCCCAACCCCCUGCUCACCUACCAGCUCUAUGACCGGUUCUCGGAAGCUGUGUCUGCAGCCACGGAUGAGGAGAGGCUGGUAAAAAUCCACAAUGUCAUUCAGCAGUUGCCUCCUCCUCAUUACAGGACACUGGAGUACCUCAUGAGGCACCUCUCCCGCCUGGCCACCUUCAGCUCUGUCACUAGCAUGCACACUAAAAACCUCGCGAUCGUCUGGGCACCGAACCUCCUUAGGUCCAAACAGAUUGAGUCGGCCUGCUUUAGUGGCACCGCAGCCUUCAUGGAGGUGCGAAUCCAGUCGGUGGUGGUGGAGUUCAUUCUCAACAACACAGAGUCCCUGUUCAGCGCCAAACUCAACGCUGUUAUAAGGGAAAACACUGGUAACAACACCUUAUCAAGACCGAAGUCUCUGAUGGUUUGCUCCCCGUCCACAAAGCUUCUGUCUUUAGAGGAGGCCCAGGCUCGGACUCAGACGCAGCUGGGAUCUCCAGCUACAACCCCCUGCCUCACGCACAGUGACUACAUCGAGGUCGGGGAGGGACCCGAAGCUCUUCUCGGCAAAUUUCACACAGUCAUUGAACUGCCGAUGGAGAGCGGCAAACGGCCUCUUGCGAAGUCAAAGAAGUCUCCUGUGGGGAACUGGCUCUCCUUUUUCCACCUGGGCAAGUCCCACUCUGUUUCCAAGCGUAAACUGAAGCGACACCCCAGUGAACCUAACGAGAUAAAGAGCAUAGCACUGCCAGGAGGACGAGGAGAUACCGGCACACUGCGGUCUACAAAAAGUGAAGAAUCUCUUACUUCUUUGCAAAAUCUAGGAGGAGAGCCUCCUAGCUACCGUCCCCUCAGACCUCGUUCGACCAGCGAGGCUGUUACUGCCACCAGCAGGGACGACCUGCGCAGCUCCAGAAGCAAAGACGACCGCCGAGCUCACCAGCUUCAUCAGAGCGCACGCGGUGCCGACAGAGGCCGCAUCGCCGUUUCCCCUCAACACUCCGAGGACGAUCUCGACCUUUCCCCUCCGGCUGCUGGCAUCUCAACCUUAGAUUUCGACCCCAUGUCUUUCCAGUGCAGCCAGACUCCUGCGAUGCAACACGGCAGAGACGGGAACAGGUGGAGGAAGAGCGUGGGCUGUUCCGGUGAAUCGGAGCCGCCUGCGUCCUCCCAGAAUAACAACAACGUCGGCUUCUCGCCCUCUCCAGAUGUCAGCCCAGUUCUGUGCAAAAGUGGGAAAAAAGUUGCCUUGAAGCAUCUCUCCCCCAAAGUGAGGAAGAAAUCGUUAAAACUGCUGGCAGAUGUUCAGACUCCCUUGCCGUCUUCCUCUCCAAACGUGGAUAAAUGUGAGGCUGCGCUGGCAGAUGGGAAAGACCCGAGAGCGUUGUUUCAGCACAGCAGCCCGAUCAACACAGCAAGCCAGGCAUCAGCUGUGACAGACCUCAGCCAGACUGCUCAGAACCUCCCUGAUCCAGGAACAGAUAGACUUAUGAGUUCAGUCUCUGUUCUCCCUCCUCACCCUCCCUCGAUGAGUGCUGCACGCAAGUUGGCUUUGGCCCUGGCUGAAUCUGCCCAGAAGGCCAGCAGCGCAUCCCAAAGAAGAAGCCACGCAUAUGACUACAGACUGCAGCGACCCUCUGCACUCGACCUGAAAGUGCUUCCUCAGGAGUACCGCGGCCCUCAGGUCAGCUCAGGUUCCCAGUGGCAAGCGGCUGCGGAGACCCACCGCUGCCCUCGUCCUGGUCAGUUCUCACCUUCGCACCUCUGCUCGGCACCGCCGCAGGUUGGCAACAGUCAGGACAAUGUGUGCAAUUUCACUCCUAAUGUAAGCCCGCUCGGGUCGGGGAGCUUGGACGAAGGCAGCACCGAAGGGAGGGAGCACAGAGAGGAAAUGGAGCCAGAGGUCAAGCAAGAACAGCACACUUACCAGAGUGUUGGAGUUUCGACGCCCUGUCAGGCUUUCUGCUCAGCAAGGAGCCCGCCAGCCUCUCCGGUGUAUGCCAACACGGACUCCGUGGAUGCUUUUAAUUUCAGAUCUGUCCUGGCAGAGUCUUUGAUGCCUGCCUCUAUCGAGGAGGUCUUGCCACGCAAAUUGCAGACCUCUUCAGCCCACUGCAAUAGCCCGGACGAGGACAGGCCUCCCGACAUGCUUGAGGAUGUGUACAGUAAUCAGCGUCAUCAUCAGCAGUACCAUCAUCGGCCCAUUCACGCAGGCCAAACACCCGCGCCUCACUACCCUCGGCCCAGCGCUCUGCCGCUUCACCUCUCGGGGCAUAAAGGGCUGUACAGGCAGUCCUCCGAGAGCCGCUACAGCUCCUUAGGUUUGAGGCAACCUCUGUCACCCCAAUACAGGCGCUACCAGAGCGACUUCCACCGGCAACAGGGGCAAUGGCGGAGCUCAGAGGACAGAGCAGUGAGAAACCCGGCCAUCCGGAGGGCACACUCCUUCCAUGCCCCGCAGAUCAGUCAUUAUGAGCUGGCAAACACUGAAAUCCUACCCGUUGACGCCAUGUUUUAUGUGGAUCAGACGACGAGCCCUGAGGUGCCCUACCAAGGACUAUUCCAGGCCGGCCUCAACCCCGCACAGACACAGUUUGAGAAUGUACAGCCAGAACAACGCUACAGCCCGUAUUCUGACUCGAAUUCACGAAAUCCAAGGUCUCGCUAUUUCAUAGAUCCCCGCCGGCAACCUGCCGUCCAUCACCAUCCGACCUACACCGUUCACUCAACAAGGGAAGGCGAGCAGUCGGAUUACUACAACUACUCUCCUCGCCACGCCCCUCCUGUGAAUAGGGAGCUUUAUAUAGAGAGCAGAGACACGGUGGUCUACAAAGCUAGGGAUGCAGAGGUUUUCGAAAGGGUCGUGUAUGAACCAGUCCAGCAGGAGAGGCAUAAAAGCACAUACCACUCUGUGUCUCCGUGUGAGGCUCCAGACUCACCGAGGGACAUGAUGCACACGAGGAGUAAGUCGGACCCUGGCAACGCCAACAUCCUCUCGGCCCACAAAAUGGAAAGCCAAACGGCUGUAGCUACGUCCCCAGCCGCGCCCCGAUUGAGGUCCCAGCAAGCAUACCCCGAGGUCUCCAGGCAAAGUUGUGGUCACCGGUCCGGUGCAGAGUUAGGGCAAAUGAGACGGAUUCACAUUAAAGAGGGGUACUCGCAGCAGCCGCUUCUCCGCAAAGUCCCCUCACAGCCAGACAGAGGCUGCCCCAACCUGAAAAGCUUCGAGCACACUUACAGGUGCCAAACAAGGGGCUAUGAACAGAAUCCAUCAAUGCUGGCUGCUGCUGCCAAACCCGGCAUCCUGAGAAGACCGGCGCGCUCACAGAGCACCAGAGAACACCGUCACUACUAUCAUUACCACUCCAAAUCUCCCCUAGACUCCGAACACGCGGAGCCCUUCCCUGCUCUGCUCAACAGACGGACUCAGAGCACUAAAGUCAAGCCCACACAGUACGACCACAUGGAGGGGUAUUACGCCUCGCCCAGACCUAAAUCCACAAGAUCCGGCAAAGCUGCCACAGGUUACCUACCUGGUCAGAGCUGCAUGUCUCCGCGAGGGCAGAGACUGCUGUCUAAGGCUCUGGGUCCUGAGGCUUUUUAUCACCCCGCUCUCAGAUCCGAGGCCGGGGUCUAUGAGUGAUCUUAAACCACUGCUUUUAUAUCCGAUUCCACGUUGGGGCCAAAGGACGUGUGCACUUUAUCCUCAGCCAGACCAACAGACCAACUUUUGUUUUAACCUUUUGGAGCUGCUAAAAAAAUAAAAGAGUGAAAUGACCCCGAUGGUGGGGAUUAUGCUGUUGGUACCUUUUUGUUGCAUUAGCUUCCAGAAAAGUUUAAAGGGAACAAACUGAUUGUUUUAACAUGUACCAUUUGGAAAUAGAUGUAAGAAGCAUGUUUGGAAAAAAAAAAUACUUUUUUAUGUCUCCACAAGAUAACAAGGGAUAACAAGGUAAAUUAAUGUGUUUUAAUAUAAUUUUUACAUUUAAGAAUGUGUAUAAAAUAACUUAUUUUACAAUGUAUUAUAAUGACAGAUGUGGACAAAUUUAUUGGCACUCCUGGUAAUUGUGUAAAAGAAAAAAAAAGCAGUCAAAUAAAUUCAUAUUUUAUUUCAGAAACAUUAAGUCAAACCUUUAAUUUGGAUACAUUUAUUCAGUGUUAAAUUAAAUUUCCGUGGAGGAAGUUACACCGCAGCAAAUGAAAUGUAAAAAAAUAAAUAAAUUGAUGCAGCGACACUAGAAUUCCACACCCUGGACCCCAAUGUUUGUGCACUAUUCAGAAUAGGUCAAAGACUUAAAAGAUUGAGGUUCCGCAAAAUCUUCUUCACAUGCCAGCAUUACGAAACACAUUUUUCAUUUGGCAGCGUACUUGUGGUGCGUUCCCUUUGCCUCGGAGGUCGAAACUAACAAGUUGAAGAUUCCAUCAUCUGCGCUUUUUUGCGCUCCAGUUUCCCUCUUGUAGGACCAUAGGAAAAAAAAUAUGGACGCUCGCACAAAGCCAUUGUUAACCAGACAAAUACAGCCAACCUAAGUCACAGAAUGCAUUUUAAAGUCACAUUUAAUUGCAGAAUCUUUGUCAUUUUUGAAGCCGUGCUGAACUGUUCCACUGAACAUCAAAAAGCAGGUGGCGAUCCUUCAUUGCUGCUUUAGCCACUAUGGCUAAAGCAAUAACGCUGUUCUAUGCGGUGUUUUGUGCAAAUACUGUAAACAGAACUGCGAAAGGUAGUACCUGUAUGACUGACUAAAUAUUACAUACAUAAUAGAGAGCUGCUAAAAACAAAGUAUGAGGUUUUACACAAUGUUGCCGCGAGUAGCAGCCGUCAUAAAUGCCAAAGUCGAGCACAAUCCUGUUGCACCGACUUAUAGUAAUACAGACUUUAGGGGCUGUUCCAGUUAAACUUUCUGACUCGGAGGUCGAAAAUUCAGAAUACCGAGGACAAAUGGAACGCACUAUUAGCCUAUUUGAAGAGCAGCUUUAAAAAACUGCAGCAAAGAGUGCGAUCUUGGAAUCCAAGCCAUAAUAAUAGCCAUUAGGAACUAUGUAUAUGCCAAAUUUUUGCUGGAUGGGCCUGCCAGGAAAAAAAAAAAAAGGCCUUUUCUCUAUCACCAUCAAAAAUGUAAACGCGUGGCUUUCUCUAAAUUCUGCUGUGACUUUAACUGAAAACUAUUCUUUUGUUGAUAUGAGACCAAGAUGAGUCGUUUAACAACAAGCAGGCCAGGUGAGUCCGGCGUGAAAGAAAGCACGAACAUGCGGCAAAGCACCUAAUCCCCAUUUGGUGAGUGAGGUGAAACAAUGCUGUGAGCCUCUUCCUCUUUCCAAGGUCCUGGGAACCUCAGAGUGUCUAGAAUCCUGAACUCUUUGAAGGCAUGCCACAUGUGUUUUUCAAUGUUCAGUGAUUUAGUACAACUCAGUGCAGCUGUAUUGCACAAAGAAUAUGCAAAUCUCAUUCCAAACUGUAUUCAGAAGUUGUUAAAUAAAGAAAAAUAAGAUAGAUUGGUCUUUAAAAAAAAAAAGUAAAGCAGUGUACAAUACAUCUUUACAAAUCAUAGCACCAGUUUUUUUUUCUGGAAAAAAAAUAAAAAACGUUUCCUGAAACUAUUUCUUUUAAUUAUUUGAAUAAAAGGUACUCAAAUGAAAGGCUGGAUUUCUCCAAAACUUUCAGUUUGAUAAUAUGCUACUGGGAUGAAAGAAGGUUUUAUGUUUAGGCUUUGUAAUCAUCCCUACCAGGAGUACCAAUCAAUGUGGCCAGUACCGUAUAGGAGUAACACACAUCUAACAUGUGGGCAAUGUACUGUAUAUUUUUGGUUUCUAUUCUACAGUCUUCUCAGACUUGAACAAGCACUUUUGAGGAUAGCUGUGUAUGAAACACAUCGUCUUAACAUGGUGUAGAUGGAGACAUAAAGCUUAUAUUUUUUCUGUAUGAAGCAGCUUGCUCAGAGUCAUUGUCAAAUGCUAAAUAGCACUUUUUUCUGGGGGUAAAAUCUAAAGAUAACCUCAUGCUUUCUAACUCUUCAGGGGUCGCUCACAAACUCUUCUUGUUUAAUGCUAUCAAAAAGCAGUGAGUAUUUUAUCAUUUCUGUUAAAGUGGCUAAAUAUGCUGGAUUUAAAGUAAAUCAGCUCAUGCUCUUAGAUAAAAAAAAGUGUAUUUUAUAAUGGCAUUUUUGGUUUUGUCAUAAAAAUAAAAUAAAACUAUGUCCUCUUUACAAAAUUUUAAUAAUGUGGUGUUUUACAUGGAGAUAUGUUUUAUUGGUUUUAUCAUAAGUUUUAAUCGAGAUGCUAUUUCAGUUCAAAACAUGUAAAUGAAGAUAUUCUGUUAAAACAUGUUACGAGUUAUUUUAGUGACAAAUACAAAAAUAAAGAUAUAUUGUCAGUUAUACAA